AUGCGUCAAGUCUUGCUUGGCAGCUUUGUUCUGUCGGCUGCUCUUACAGCCAACGCGGCUCCAACCAACACCGGUUCCAGUUGUCUCCCUGUCGUAGACUUGGGAUAUGAACUCCAUCAAGCUCUAUCCUACAACAGCACCAACCAACUGUACACGUUCCAAAACAUUCGAUACGCUCAGCCUCCCGUUGGAGACCUUCGAUUUCGCGCUCCAGCUCAGCCUAAAACCAAUCGAACGGCCAUCCAAACGGGAUCUGAGUUGCGAUUCUGUCCUCAGGGUGUUCCAGUUUGGCAGGGCGACGCAUAUGGUCCAAUUGGAGAAUAUUCAAACCCUGCCAACCCCUUUAGCCUGCAAAUCUGGGAAACGAGCAUUCAAGAUGGCCAGCCACCACCAGUUGAUUGGAAUAAGGGUGCCAGCGAAGAUUGUCUCUUUCUUGACGUCCAUGUGACCAAGAAGACGCUGCAAAAGGCUGGGGAGAAGGCAUGUGGAGACGGAGGAUCCCCUGUCCUUGUCUGGAUUCACGGAGGUGGCUUCGUCCUCGGAUCCAAGACAGGAACACCCAACCCUGGCUACGACCCAGUCGGCCUUUUCCAGCACGCUGCCACAAACUCCGAUGACGGCCUCGUCUUCGUCGCUCUCAACUAUCGUCUAGGCGCUGUUGGAUUCCUAGGCGGCCCUGAUGUCGAGAAGGAUGGUAAUCUCAACGCUGGUCUCCUCGACCAAAAGUUUGCUCUGCAAUGGAUUCAGGACAACAUCCACUUGUUUGGAGGCUCCAAAGACAAAGUUACCAUCAUGGGAGAAUCUGCCGGUGGUGGUUCAGCUAUCGCGCAAAGCCCGGCCACUAUCCCUACUAUGCAGGUUGCAGCGGAUAGCUAUAGCCAGUUUCUGUCUUAUCUCAACGUCAGCAGCUUGGAAGAGGCUCGCGCUGCGGAUUCGCAAGCGGUUAUUGCUGCCAAUGCUGCACAGAUCGGAGCGGCUCCCACCACGACAUACAUCUUUGGACCUGUCGUUGAUGGCAAAUACAUCACUGGUUCUCCUACCAAGAUGAUCAAAGAGGGAACGUUUGACAAGUCAGUCAAGGUGUUGGCCGGCCACAACAUGUUUGAGGGUGCAUUCUUCUUUGAUCCUAACAUCACUACUGAUGCUGAGUUCAAGACUUGGACUAACCGGUCAUUUGCUGGACUUACGAGCAAGGACGUGAACACGCUUGUUACUUCGCUGUAUCCUCCGCAGUUUGAUGGUUCUCUGGGCUAUGUUGACCAAGACACUCGACAGAUGAAGCUGUGGAGUGAGGCUGUGAUUGAUUGCAAUUAUUAUUGGAUUGGACAUGCCGUCCAAAAAACCGGAUAUGCUUACGAGUUUGGUGUUUCUCCAGGCUUCCACAUCCAAGAUCUCCAGUAUACUUUCAACGAUCCUUCCACCCCUGCUCCAUGGCCCAAGGCUCAGGAUGCUCUCCAGGAAGCAAUCAUCACUUUUGUCCAGGGUGGUGUUCCCGAGUUUAACAACCACAAGGCCUUUCCCCAUCUUGGAGCCCACAGCACCAUUGUGAAUAUCACUGCUCAGGGACCUGUUCAGGCGACGAGCAAGGUUAAUGCAACUCGAUGCGACUUUUGGGCAAACGUCUAUCAGUAA